AUGUCCCAGCUCCUGCAUGUGGAGAUCCCCAACUUCGGCAGCUCCCUGCUGGAAAGUCUAAAUGAGCAGCGCAUGCAGGACCACUACUGUGAUGUGGCCGUCACGGUCUUUAAGACCUAUCGCGCUGUGCUGGCCGCCAGUAGCCUCUACUUUAGAGACCUGUUCAGCGGCAUCUCCCAGAACGUGUUUGAACUACCCUCCUUGGUCACCCCAUCCUGCUUCCAGCAGAUCCUCUCCUUCUGCUACACGGGCAAGCUGACCAUGGCCGCCAGCGAGCAGCUCGUGCUCAUGUACAUGGCUGGCUACCUUCAGAUCCAGAACAUUGUGGAGCACGGUAUGGAUCUCAUGCUAAAGGCCAACUCUCCACACUGCGAUUCCCAGACGGCCACCACCGAGGAUCUGGGCUUCGAAACGUUGAGCCCCAACAUCAACCAUCCGGACCUGUUUCAGCCACCGACAGCCCCACUUCCCAACGAGGAGGAGUUUGAAGAGGAGUUCUACGGCAGCAGAAAUACAAAAACGGGGCCUAUGGACAGAUCUAUGGUGCAGGAUAAGUUGGAUGUGUUCUCCCUACCUCUGGCCACUCAGAGGCGGCCCUUUGUUCUGAUCGGCAGGGACAAGAUGGCGCUGCCAGCCAAUCUCGUCAGCCAGAUUGGCUACCGCUGUCACCCCAGACUGUACAUAGAGGGAGAUCCUGGAGAGAAGGUGCAGCUGGUAGUAGUCUACUGUCAGAACUUUGCACCUAAUUUCAAGGAGAGUUAG